AUGCCCAACACGAUUGUUGACAAGAAGAUGAAAGCCGACAAAAAGACAAACGCCAGCAAGAAGAUGAAGGUCGCCAAGAAGACCAGAGCUGGCAAGAUUAUGAAGAUCAGCAAGCAGAAGCGGUUCGAAAGCGAGCCAGAAGAUGACAGCGAGCUGGAGGACAAGGCCGGAAAGGAAGCCGGUAUCAAGAUGAAAGCCAAGGGCGAGAUGGAUGCUCAGAUGGGCUCUCAGCCGAUGAGCGAGGCAGACCAGGCCAUAACGCCUCUCCCGGCCACGCCUGGCAGUUCUCAGCACAUCUUAUCGCAGCAAGAAAUGCAGGUAAUGGUCCGGCGCAUCAUUGAAAAUGACCCCGAGAUCGCCAUUGCAAUCCAAGACAUCAGCGUCCUCAUGCCCGAGCACAUGGCCAUGAUUGUCACUGCCCUCCAGGCCGUCCCCGUCCGCCUGCCCGAGCACCUCAAGACUGCCGACGACGUCGAGGCCGUCUGCGGCAUGAUCCUCGAGGUCCAUAGCACGGCCACGCCCGCCACACCCGCCACGCCCUAUCUCUGGAACCGCCCGGAGAUCGAUGACCCUGCGAAGCGGAUCUUGGCCGGCGUCACCGCCUGGUGGCAGAAGGGCGCCCCGCAAGGCGCCAACCAAGGCCAAGUCACAUUUGAGCAGCAGGUUGCCAGGAAUGACGGAAGGGUCUGCCCGACUUUGCGUCUGGAGGAGCUCCGCGAGCUCCAGCAUCGCCUCAUCGCCAAGGGCUGCCUCAUGUACGGGCAGGAUAGAAAGGGAAAGGCCCCUUUGUACCUGAAGGAUGCCAGGCUCGGGGACAUGAUGCAGCAGGACCCUGGCAGGUGGGCUUUUGCCCAGUAUCCGGAGUCAUACCGUUCCCUCUACCGCCGUCAGCUCGCCGCCAACGCUCUCAGCAAGAACUACCAGCAACGCCGCGUCAUUUCCCGCAUUCAACCCCACCAUUCCCGGUCCAACAUUUCUGCCCCCAUACCAAAUAUUGGCAGUGCUGGAUCUCAGACCUUUAUCCGCAACGGCACGUCCGACGGCCCCAGCAUCGAGGAGCUCGAACCGCGUCGUCCGCCGAGACCAACACUACCAUCGCAGCGUCAACUAGAUCGUGCGACGCUUCGUCGGGCCCUCGGCGCACGACGAGAUCCGGAAUGCGCCCGCGCCGGAGCCACAAAAGCCUGCGCGCCAGCGACGAAGCUCAUGGACGCCGUCGGCCUCGAGCUGCUACGGCACAUGCAGCGGCAGCCCUGA